CUCUCUCAAUCAGAAACCCAGGGACGAGAGAAAGGAAAACAAGGCAGUAUGUUCUAAGCUAUUGUUGCUUCUUGCAGUCUUUGCACUGAACCUGCAGAGAGGGACACUAAAUGCACUAGAACCAACGCUGGCUGCUGGAGCACCUCAGUACUUAGUUAUUUCCUGUUUUGUUCAAAUUUUCUCUCCUUCAAAUUAUUUUCUCUGUAAAGGGACUGAGAUUACCAAUAAAUCAAUUCCCUUCCAGCCUUCAUGGCUUUACCGGACCGUGCACGUGGAUUGCCAAAUGGAGGAGGUGGAGGUGGUAGCUGCACAGGGAGCAAACCCUUGGAUCCUUUGUUUCCUGAAAUAGUGGAACUAAAUGUUGGAGGACAGGUAUAUGUGACUAGACACACUACUCUUGUGUCAGUUCCAGACUCUCUACUCUGGCGUAUGUUUUCCCAACAAAAACCAGGAGAGCUGGCUCGGGACAGUAAGGGUCGCUUCUUCCUGGACAGGGAUGGUUUCCUGUUUCGUUAUAUUUUGGAUUAUCUACGAGACCUGCAGCUUGUUCUGCCAGAUUACUUUCCUGAGAGAAGUCGUCUGCAAAGAGAAGCAGAGCACUUCCAGCUUCCUGAACUAGUGAAACGUCUUAGUCCCCUGCGUAUCAGUAAGGACAGCUCCAUAGGAGGUGAGGAACCACCUUUGCUUCUCACCCCAGCAGCCACUCAAGAUUCAGACCUGGACACGGCAGUCAUUCCAGCCUCAUCUUCUCCUGCUGCUGGGGUGCCCUCCCCAACAUUAGAUCCAUAUCGUUUCAAUGCCUCCUCUUCCUGCAGCCCUGCCUCAGUUCCUAGACUCACUCCUUCUCAAUCCCUUGAAGGCAGAAGAUCUGGAUACAUUACAGUUGGCUAUCGAGGUUCGUAUACGAUAGGCCGUGAAGCACAAGCUGAUGCCAAAUUUCGAAGAGUUGCCCGUAUAACUGUUUGUGGCAAAACCUCUCUGGCUAAAGAAGUUUUUGGAGAAACCUUAAAUGAAAGCCGAGAUCCUGAUAGACCCCCAGAGAGGUACACUUCCAGGUACUACCUCAAAUUUAACUUUCUGGAGCAAGCUUUUGACAAGUUGUCUGAAGCUGGUUUUCACAUGGUGGCAUGUAGUUCAACUGGAACAUGUGCUUUUGCCAGCAAUGACCAGAGUGAGGACAAAGUGUGGACCAGCUACACCGAAUAUGUCUUCUGCAGAGACUGAAACCUUUUGAACACAUUCUAAGAUGCACAAAAUAUACAGCUGAGCUUAUUCUAUCACCUAUAUUAUAACCUUCACAAUCUACAAAGACUCUAACCAAAGGAUGUGGAACUGAUUCACCUACUUCCAGAAAAUUACCAAUAAAGAUGCACUUUCUGGGCAGCACAACAAUCGUUAAAGCUUAAGAUUUGUGCUUCGCUAGUUAUCACAUGGGUGUAUUGAAGUAUUCUCAGAACAUUGUCUCUCACGUCUGAGAUAAGCUGUCUCCUUGUAUCAGAGAGGCUGAAAGAAUUUAAAGUAACAUUUCUCAACUGCGUACUGCUGGAAUUUGUCAGCACACCAUUAGAUCUUUCAGGUUAGGAAGGUAAGAGGCACAAAAUACCACAUGACUGCCUCAUAUUUUUCUAAGGGGGGAGGCAGGGAAAAGAUAGAGACUGUAGAGGAAGUGUAAGUAUGAAGAUCUUAUUAAACAUUUAACUCUGUAUUUAAUACUAAAAUAUUAAUAAGUGUGCAGUUAUAUGGAACACACCAAUAAUCUCCCAUUACACUGCAAUGUAAUCAGCGCAUAGAAACUCAACAUCUUAAUGGUUCAAUUUCUCUUUUAAGUCAUUUAUUAAUCCUGCAGCUUUUUCUUUUAUUUCCCCAUUUUAUCAAUGUACUGUCUCCACUGCCUUCAUUAUAAAAUACAAUAGGGAUUAGAAUUGUAAUAGUCAUAUCAGUGGAGUGCAGGAGACUAUCUUGUGGCUAGAUUUAUUAUGUUUUCAUCAUUUUUGUUCAAUAUGUUUAUUAUCACCAUCAUAACAUUUCACGGAAAUCGUUUUUGUUAUUCAAUAAUAGGCUUGUAAGUAUAACGUAUGUUCUGUAUGUUCUAGCAAUGUGAUUUAUCACUUUUAAAAGUUAAUAAAAAAUCAACAAAGGGCUUAUAUACAGAGGAGCUGCUAGACUAUGUAAGUAAACAACCUCUCAGUAAUACAUUUAAUAGGGCCUGUGCACUUAUCUGAUCUGCGUUGUGCACUUUAUAUGCUCCAUUCACAUACUUAGUAUUGUGCAUGAGCCCAAUAAAGAUGGACAAAGCCACCUUAUAGUGCAGGAACUGCUGUACUGGUCAUUUAUGUGUGUCCUGGUCUAUUACCAUAAGGAAAUGAUAGAUGACAAUUCUAAUUGGCAUUUAGCUUUGAAUGUAUUCUGGGGCAUUUUAAAGGUAACAAGAUGAAAAUAAAUACUUUUAUAUGUAUUUAGAUGCAUAUUAGUGAAGAUGUUGCUGUGGUUUCACUGCACACAGACAGACACAGACACAUGCAUACGCUCAGGCAGUGGAGCGAAAAUGAUUUAUAAUCCCUUUACUGCAGCAGCUCUUCAUACGCAUUGAGCUUGACUUGAUAUGCUCUCUGAAUCCUUGUUGUCUACAGAAGCACAUCUUUUAUUAAUCAGCUAUUAUUAAACAGUAUGUCUAUAUAUAUAUAUAUAUAUAUAUAUAUAUAUAUAUAUAUAUAUGCUUUUCAUUAUUUAAUUACAUGCAGAGUUCAAAUAACAAUGGCUUUACCAAAGAUUUAAAGAUUUUGUUCAUAUUAAUUUCAUUGUUUAAAAUUUUUCUUGGCAAUAAUAUAAAAUAAAUAACAGAAACAACAAUAAGCUCAUCCCUUUAUUGCAGCUGCUGAGCAUUGUAGAUGUGCCAUGUGUGUGUUAUGUAGUAUCCUGGGCCGGUGUGGUCACCUGAUCUCUAUGAAUGCAUCAACUCACAAUAUGUAGUAUUAUUUUCUUUAAAAAUAUGAAAAUUUCAAAGAAGCAAUAAACAUUAUUUACAUUUGAAGCCAUUUUAUAAUUUAGAAGCUUAAAUGUUCAUUUUACGGUUAAUGGAACCACUGGGUUAAAUCAUUUAUUCUUGCUUUGCCAAAUAUCUCUUUAGAGUGGGCUAAAGAAAUAUGAAUACUUUGGAAUGCUACAGUAUAAUCAAUGUCACUUGAAUGUCACUUGUAUUGUGUGACACAAUACUUGAACAUUUAGAAAUAAGCCCCACUUUAGUCCAAUUUAAGAUUGUCUACAGCUUUCAGCAUUUGCAUUGGACUGUAUUAUCAUAAACUGAGAUGUAGUCUGUAUGCCAAAUAAUCUUAGGCCAAAUAUGCCUACCUAUAUCAUAUCAAUGUUUCUUAUAAUAUGGGAUGCACUAGAUCAUCCCCUAGUUGAAUAUUCAUAUGGUUGGCCAUAGGCACCUAGAUGCUACAGCAACACCAUAGGUGUUAAUGGUGUUUAAUGGGAGCAUAACGUAGAGAUACCAAUGUUUUCAUUUAAUUGAAUAAGAACUCAAUGUCCCUUACAUGGCCCAGUUAGAAAAUUGGGCAGAAACAAUUUUGAUCAUAGCCAGCGUUAGCAGUUUUUUUCUGUAAAUUGCUGUCACUACAUGGUUAUCCAGCAAAACCCUUUUUUUUUUUACAGAAAUCUGCCUAGACUGUGUGAGAACAUUAAAAAAAAACUAUACUUACCUCCAUCACUCCCCCGUAGCCCCAUUAUCACCGUGCCUGUUCUUUGGUAAACUUAACUUCCCAGAGCUGAAGACAAAUGCCCUUAUUUACUAAGAGUGGAGUGUAGUAUUCUUUGUGGAUUUUAAUUCCCAAUUUUUUUCCCCUCGUUAUUUAUUAAGGUUUCCCUACAUUUUGCACUUUUCCCUACAUAUUGCUUUUUUUACACAUGCUCUGAUCGGUAGGGUUUUCCUCAGCUGAAAUCCACCACCAAUUUUCUGUGGAAACCUUAGUAAAUAUGUUGAGUUUUUGUAAAAAUAUCAGGGACAUGCCCCCUUUCCCCGAUGACCACACCCCCUUUUCAGGUUUUCUCACUAAAAUGGAGAGUUGGUCGUUUUUUUUUUUCAUUUCUUGCGCAA